AGCAAAAUUUGAAUAUGAUUUGUGAUUAUUUGUUAUAUAGUUUGUGGUCUUGUAAGUCCUCGAUUUAUUUUAUCUCAAUGUAGUCCAAAAUACAAGGUUUUUAACAAUCCAGUAAUUCUUAACAGUAAAAUCUGAGUAUGAUUUGUGAUUAUUUGUUACUUUUCUAGUAAUCGGAGUGAAGAAUGUGGAAGUUGAAGAUAGCAGAAGGAGGGAAUCCAUGGUUGCGAACAACGAACAAUCAUGUAGGUAGGGAAAUUUGGGAGUUUGAUCCAAACCUUGGAUCUCCUGAAGAUCUCGCGGAAAUCGAGAAGUUUCGUGAGCACUACAGUAAACAUCGAUUGGAGCAAAAACACAGUGCUGAUCUCAUUAUGCGUUAUCAGUUGUCAAAGGAGAAUCAGGGAGUUAGUAUCUUGCCCCAAGUCAAAGUACAAGACAAUGAAGAUAUUACAGAAGAUACUGUAGCCACCACGUUGAGAAGAGCGCUAAGUUUUUAUUCCACUCUUCAAACUCAUGACGGUCACUGGGCUGGAGAUUAUGGAGGCCCGAUGUUUCUAAUGCCUGGCCUGGUUAUUACUCUAUCUAUUACGGGGGCACUCAAUGCAGUAUUAUCAAGUGAACAUAAGCGUGAGAUGAUUCGAUAUCUUUAUAACCAUCAGAACAGUGAUGGUGGGUGGGGUUUGCAUAUUGAGAGCCACAGCACCAUGUUUGGUUCUGUUUUGAGCUAUGUUACUCUGAGGUUGCUUGGGGAAGGAGCUAAUGACGGAGCAGGGGCCAUGGAGAAGGGCCGUAAAUGGAUUCUGGAUCAUGGUUCUGCCACGGCCAUUACGUCAUGGGGAAAAAUGUGGCUCUCAGUGCUUGGAGCAUUUGACUGGUCUGGGAACAAUCCACUCCCUCCGGAAAUAUGGCUUCUUCCCUAUAUCGUUCCAAUCCAUCCUGGAAGAAUGUGGUGCCACUGCCGGAUGGUUUAUCUUCCUAUGUGCUACCUUUAUGGUAAACGCUUUGUUGGCCCUAUCACGCCAACAGUUUUAUCCUUGAGAAAGGAGCUCUUUACAGUCCCUUAUCAUGAAGUAGAUUGGGAUAAAGCUCGCAAUGAGUGUGCAAAGGAAGACCUUUACUACCCACACCCUCUAGUACAAGAUAUCCUGUGGGCGUCACUUCACAAGGUUGUAGAACCUAUUUUGAUACGCUGGCCAGGGAAAAGAUUGAGGGAAAAAGCUUUGCGCACCGUGAUGGAGCACAUUCAUUAUGAAGAUGAAAACACUCGUUACCUAUGCAUAGGACCUGUAAACAAGGUUUUGAAUAUGCUUUGCUGCUGGGUUGAAGAUCCUAAUUCAGAAGCUUUCAAGUUGCAUCUUCCAAGAAUUUAUGAUUAUUUUUGGGUUGCUGAAGAUGGCAUGAAAAUGAAGGGGUACAAUGGAAGUCAAUCUUGGGAUACGACAUUUGCAGUUCAAGCAAUCAUUGCAACAGGGCUUGGCGAAGAAUAUGGUUCAACAUUGAGAAAAGCACAUUCAUUCGUAAAAAAUACACAAGUGUCAGAUGAUUGCCCUGGCAAUCUAGAUUUCUGGUAUCGUCAUAUUUCGAAAGGUGCUUGGCCUUUUUCAACUGCAGAUCACGGGUGGCCCAUUUCAGAUUGUACUGCAGAGGGACUUAAAGCAACUCUUGCAUUAUCAAAACUGCCAUCAGAGAUAGUUGGUGAUCCGUUGGAGGCAAAGCGUUUCUAUGAUGCAGUAAAUGUUUUGCUUUCUUUACAGAAUACUGGCGGCGGCUUUGCAACAUAUGAACUCACAAGGUCAUAUCCAUGGUUGGAGCUUAUCAACCCUGCUGAGACUUUUGGAGAUAUUGUUAUUGAUUACCCUUAUGUAGAGUGUUCCUCAGCUGCAAUUCAAGCUUUAACAGCAUUUAAGAAAUUAUACCCUGGUCAUCGUAAAGAAGAAGUGGAACGCUGUAUUGCUAAAGCUGCCGCCUUCAUUGAAAAAAUUCAAGAAGCUGAUGGCUCCUGGUACGGCUCUUGGGCAGUUUGCUUCACCUAUGGCACUUGGUUCGGGGUGCUUGGCUUGCUGGCUGCGGGAAGGAACUACAAUAAUUCUUCCAGCAUACGCAAGGCUUGUGAUUUUUUGCUGUCCAAACAAGUCCCAUCUGGUGGCUGGGGGGAGAGUUAUCUGUCAUGUCAAAACAAGGUGUAUACAAAUCUUGAAGGCAACAGAUCUCAUGUUGUAAAUACAGCAUGGGCUAUGCUGACUCUAAUUGCUGCUGGACAGGCAGAGAGAAAUCCUACACCAUUACACUCUGCAGCAAAAGUAUUAAUAAAUGCUCAGCUAGAAAAUGGAGAUUUUCCUCAGCAGGAGAUCAGCGGGGUCUUCAACAGGAAUUGCAUGAUAUCCUAUUCUGCCUAUAGGAACAUUUUCUCUAUUUGGGCAUUGGGAGAAUAUCGUUCUCGUGUACUCAAAAGCUAAAUGAGUUGCACUUCCUGAUGAUAUUGCAACAUUUUUUUU